AUGGGCCCCGUACCGACUCCUCAUGCUGCUGCCAGGCCCGUAAUCUGUCAUGGGCCCCUGUACCGCCUCCUCAUGCUGCUGCCAGGCCCGUAAUCUGCCAUGGGCCCCCGUACCGACUCCUCAUGCUGCUGCCAGGCCCGUAAUCUGUCAUGGGCCCCUGUACCGCCUCCUCAUGCUGCUGCCAGGUCCAGAGUGUGUCAUGGGUCCCUGUACGGCCUCCCAUUGCUGCUGUCUCUAUCGCCACACUCUGCCAUGUGCCACUUUCAGGUCUCCUCACACUGCUGGUGGGUUCCAUUUUGUCAUAGGGUGCUGGCAGAUUACGGGCCUCCCAUUGCUGCUGCCAGGCCCGUAAUCUGCCAUGGGCCCCCGUACCGACUCCUCAUGCUGCUGCCA